AUUCUGGCACAAUGCUGAAGAUUUUGUUCCAGUUCUACCCAGGAGUCAUGCAAAUUGUCUCUUUGUUUGCCUGAACAUAUUUACCUGUAAUGAAUGACCAGAGCUCUGUGCCCAAAGCACUGAAUACAUAAAACCCGUGUGAAUCUCGACUUUCAUUUACUUUUUACUUUCCCUUGCUGGUGCCCAAGACCACGGUGGAAGGAAUGGCUAAGGAUAAGGUGGAGGAGACAAGUGAGUUAGAAUGGGGCUUGUUACCCCGAGAAGAAUUUUCCCAAGUGAAUGGAAUCAUUCUUCUAAAGAAAGUAUGCGAUUUCUGGGAUAAGAUCUGGAACUUCCAAGCCAAGCCUGAUGACCUGCUCAUUGCUUCUUACCCCAAAGCAGGAACCACUUGGACACAGGAAAUUGUAGAUCUGAUACAAAAUGAUGGCGAUAUUGAGAAAAGCAGGUGCGCUUCCAUUCAACUUCGACACCCUUUCCUGGAGUGGAUAAGAAUGACACACUGUGGGAUCGACCAGGCUAAUGCAAUGCCUUCCCCAAGGACCCUGAAAACUCAUCUUCCUGUACGACUGCUGCCUCCAUCCUUCUGGGAGGAAAACUGUAAGAUGAUCUAUGUGGCAAGAAACGCCAAGGAUAACCUGGUGUCCUACUACCAUUUUCAAAGGAUGAACAAAGCACUCCCUGACCCGGGAAGCUGGGAUGAGUACUUUGAAACAUUCCUGGCAGGCAACAUGGUAUGGGGGUCCUGGUUCGACCAUGUGAAAGGCUGGUGGAAGAAGAAAGACAGUCACCCCAUUCUUUAUCUUUUCUAUGAAGAUAUGAUGAAAGAUCCAAAAUGUGAAAUUAGAAAGAUAAUGGAAUUCCUGGGGAAGAACCUCAAAGAAGAGAUUUUAGACAAAAUCGUUUAUAAUACUUCAUUUGAUGUAAUGAAAAAGAGCCCCAUGACCAACUACAUAAAUGAAAUUAGAAUGAAUCAUAAUCUCUCCCCAUUCUUGAGAAAAGGAGUCGUGGGAGAUUGGAAAAAUCAGUUCACUGAAGCUCAGAACAAGCAAUUUAAUGAAUACUAUGAGAAAAAUAUGGCUGACACUUCACUGUCAUUUUGCAUGGAACUCUAA